AUGGCCAAGAUAUUCACAGCCGGCGACGUGGCGUCGCAUAACAAGCCCGACAGCUUGUACAUUACCAUUGACGGCGAUGUCUACGAUCUGACCAAGUUCCAGGACGAUCACCCUGGCGGCAAGAAGAUCCUGCAGCGCGUCGCCGGCAAGGACGCCUCCAAGCAGUUCUGGAAAUACCACAACGAGGGCAUCCUCAAGAAGUACAAGGCCAAGCUGCAGGUCGGCUCGCUCGACACCAAGCCCAAG